AUGGCUUUCUUGAUGCAUAUGUUGUUGAGAAAACAAGAUGCUGGCAUUUUUAUUGGCAGUGUCCUCUGGUUGCUGCUUAGUUGUAGUUUCAGCUUUGGUGUUGAAAGUGACAUCAACUGCUUGAAAAGUAUAAAAGCAUCACUUGAGGACACUUUGGGGUACUUAAACUCUUCAUGGGAUUUCAACGACAACACUGAAGGCUUCAUCUGCAACUUUCUUGGGGUCGAGUGUUGGCACCCUCACGAGAGCAAGGUUCUGAACCUCAAGCUUUCGGAUUUGGGACUGAAGGGCUCGUUUCCUCAAGGCGUAGCAAAUUGCACAAGCCUAACAGGGUUAGAUCUUUCAAGCAACCAGCUCAAUGGACCUCUUCCUACUGAUAUCGAUAAAAUCAUUACGUUCAUUACGUCCCUUGAUCUCUCAUAUAACAGCUUCACAGGGCAAAUCCCAAUGAAGCUUUCCAAUUGCAGCUAUCUGAAUGUGCUUAAGCUUGACAACAACAAGUUCUCGGGUAUCAUUCCUCCAGAAAUUAGCCAGCUUGCUAGGAUUAAAACAUUUAGUGUGGCCAACAAUCAGCUGUCUGGCCCAGUCCCAAACUUUAAUAAUACAUCAAUUGGACCUGAAAGCUAUGCAAACAACACCGGACUCUGUGGAGGCCCUUUGAAGCAUUGCCCGCCGGUUUAA